AUGGCAUCUACAAAUGGAAUGAACGGAAGCAUUAAGCACAUUCAUAACUCUUCUCAUGCAUCCUCUAUAUCAACCAAGAGCCCUGGCCUGAUAUCUAGAGCUUUAUCUCUCAUCAUCACAAUCACAUCAAACAUUUGGAAGACAAUCCCAUCGCCGCUGCAAAAUGCUAUAGCUGACUUUGUGACAAAGCAUCGAGACAUCUUCAUUUGUAUCAUCUUGAUACCAGUGUCGAUUGUAUACGAUUCAUACUGGGCUACUAGACGCUUCUACAAGUACCAUCUAAAGUCAACACGUGAAUCUCACGACGAACGUGUCCGAUGGGUGCAACAGCAAGUCAGAACAUCUCCAGAAGGAGCCAAAAUGUGUACUGCCAGACCAACAUGGUUGGCAAUGUCUCUAAAAGAAGGCCUGUACAAAAAGACAAUGACACAGAUCGACGUCAGUGCUCUAGACAACAUCUUGAGCAUCGAUGCCGCAAAUCAAGUCGUUCGAGUCGAGCCGAACUGCUCCAUGGGCCAAAUCACUCGAGAACUCAAUCCUAAAGGAUGGGUGUUGGCUGUAGUUGCUGAAUUGGAUGAUUUGACUGUCGGUGGUUUGAUUAUGGGAUUCGGUGUUGAGACGUCAUCGCACAAAUAUGGAUUGUUCCAGCAUACUUGCACGGCUUAUGAAAUCGUCUUGGCUAAUGGAGAGCUGGUUCGUGCGUCACCUACUGAAAACCCAGAGUUGUUUGCUGCUAUUCCAUGGAGUCAUGGAUCUCUUGGGUUCCUGGUAGCUGCUGAGAUCAAGAUUGUACCGUACAAGCCAUACGCCAUGAUUACAUAUCUUCCGUGCAACACUCUAUCAGAGCUAGCCAAAACCUUCGAACAUGCAUCUCGUUGUACAGCAUUCGACUUUGUAGAAGCACUCUCGUUUUCCAAAAACAAGCAUGUAGUUAUGGUUGGUAAAAUGGCUACUAAAGCCGAUGCCAAACAGUAUGAAGCAACAGGGCUCGUUAACCUAUCUAAUCAAGUCAAUGAUAUCGGAUUAUGGUACAAGCCCUGGUUUUUUACUCAUGUGCAAUCGUACCUGAGUCCUAAACUAGCAGCAGCAUCUCCCAUGCCGUCUGAUAAUCUAGAUGUGAUAUUGGAUUUGGCAAACCUGUAUCAUAGUGGACGGAUAGUGGUGCCCAGAAGCAAUUUGAAGAGUCUGGUAGCUUAUCAGGAGUUGAUUCCUCUGAGAGAGUAUUAUCAUCGUCAUACUCGGUCCAUAUUUUGGGAGUUACAGGAUUUAAUUCCAUGGGGCAAUCAAUGGUGGUUUAGAUGGAUAUUCGGAUGGGCUGUACCACCACACAUUAGUUUACUUAAACUCACCACCACUGAAGACCUACGAGAGAUAUAUGCCAAGGGACAUAUUGUGCAAGACAUGCUAGUCCCAAUGUCAACAUUGACGGAAUCUCUCCUAACCUUCCAUCGAGAAUUCCAAAUCUACCCACUGUGGCUAUGUCCAAUGAGACUCCUUAGCCCACCAUCAUCUAAAUGGACUUCCAAAGUCCCACCAGCAGCAUCAUCAACGACCAAAGCCACAUUAUCGCAACGCGAAAUACUACAUCAAAUCCCAGAAUAUAUCCCACAGCACCAAUUAAUGAAGGUCACAUGUGAUAUCUCGUCAGGAUUCGUGACUCCUACGCCAAGUGAUCAAUUAUAUGUUGAUAUUGGAGCGUAUGGUAUUCCAUUAGCACCAGCAUGGAGGACUAUUGUUGAGAAAAUGUAUGGUAGAAAAAAGAUUUUGGAGAGGUUGGAAGCUACGAGUGAGCCUGGAGAUGAUGAUGAGACUGUUGAUGAGGGUGUGGAUGUAUCUGCUGAUGAGAGGAAGCCUGGUGAAGAGUUACAUGUUCAUGUUAUGAGAAAAAUUGAGCACUUUGUGCGUGAAAACCAUGGAUACCAAGCACUAUACGCCGACUGUUUCCAAACAGAACCAGAAUUUCAGGACAUGUUUCAACAUGAAUUGUUAUCAAAGCUCCGUGAACAGUAUGAUUGUACACGGAAGCUGCCUAGCGUGUAUGCAAAAGUCGGGCCUCAUGCUCGACGAUGA